GCCAGUGAAAGUACGGCAAGCGUGGCCCGAACGUCCGCUCACUGCCGCCAACGGGCCGAACUGGGUCAGCGAAGACGAAGCCCCUCUCUCCGUAGCGCUCACUCGCCCGUCCUCGCCGCGGAGCUGGUCGACCGACGCGGCUCCUGGAGCCCAGGGAACAGUCGGCUGAGCGCGGCCGCGACGCACGCAGCCGCCGCUGCCACCAGUGAGGACAACAACAGCUGGAGCGGGGUUGGAUUGGGAGGACGAGGCACGAGCGAUGGAGCCGCGCUGCGGACGUGCACGGAUCGGCGCCCGGUGGAUAUGAAUCGCCGAUCGGGGACCGAGUCGCACUGUGGAUCGACACGCGCUGCCAGAGGACCUCCUACCAGGACGGGGCAGUCCGGCCCACGAUGACCAUCGCGACCCUGGCGGUGCUGCUGCUGCUGGCUGCCUGCACCUGGCACUGCGACUCCGCCCACACGGUACACGAGCGCAUGUCGGAGGCCGAGAUCCGUCGGGUGUUCCGGGUGGCGUCCCGGGACCACGUGCCCAGCUACGAGCUCGUCCAGCUCCGCGCCCCGGCACGGCGCGCGGUCAGGGCCGCCACGGAACACGCGGCCAGCACGCGCAAGGACGUCUCCCUGACGGCGUUCGGCAGACGCUACGCGCUCAGGCUGCACCGCAACAAGGACUUCGACCGCAGGGCCGCCAGGCUCAAGAUGUUCGCCGCCGAGACGACGCCCAACGGACUCGCCUACACGCCCGUCAACCUCAAGGAUGAAACCGCCCCGGGAAAAGGCUGGGACGGAGGCGCCUACCACGACAAGGCAAACAUGGCUGCUCUGGUGCUCAGCACGGACAGCCAGGGACGUCUCCGUAUGGAGGGAACCUUAGGACACGACCUCGUCAUCUCUCCGCUGCCCGUCAGCCUCAACGUGAGCCGCGACGAGACCUACUACGACGUUCGGGGAAGCGCCGACGACGAAGGCUUCCUCGACGAGGACGGCCCUGAACCACGUCACGUCGUCUUCAAACGCCCAAGCAGCUCCAGCGUCCCUCACGAAUCACAAAUUAGCGACUACGCCCACCUGGAGGACAUCCAGUUACGGCACAUCAACGCCAGUUCCUCAACGUCGCGAUCUCGCGGGCGCCGACGACGUCGCGGCGUUGGCGGUGGACCCGACACCGUGUGGCCGGAGGUCCUCCUCAUCGUCGACUACGACACGUACCUGCUACACGGCCGGAGUCACACCGAUAUCAAGCGGUACCUGGUGAGCUUCUGGAACGGCGUGGACCUGCGCUACAGGCUCUUGAACGGGCCCCGGGUACGCAUCAGUCUGGCCGGGAUGAUCGUCGCUAAGGACCGCGACGCGACGCCGUACCUGGAGCGCAACAGACUCCGGUCUCCCAAUGAGGACGCCAUCGACGUAGCGGGUGCCCUCACGGACAUGGGCAAGUACCUGUUCCGGGAAGACCGGCUCCCGACCUACGACCUCGCCGUUGUGGUGACCAAGCUGGACAUGUGCCGUCGGCACCUGGAAGGCGGCCGUUGCAACCGCGGCACGGCGGGCUUCGCGUACGUGGGCGGCGCCUGCGUGGUCAACAAGCGGCUCGAGAAGGUGAACAGUGUGGCCAUAAUCGAAGACAGCGGGGGCUUUUCAGGCAUCAUAGUGGCCGCGCACGAAGUUGGACAUCUGCUGGGAUGCGUACACGACGGUUCUCCGGCGCCCGGUUACCUGGGUGGCCCCGGGGCCCAGCGUUGUCCCUGGGAGGACGGUUUCAUCAUGAGCGACCUGCGGCACACCGAGCGCGGGUUCCGCUGGUCGCCCUGCAGCGUCCAGCAGUUCCGGCACUUCCUGCUGGGCGAGACGGCCACCUGUCUCUACAACUAUCCGCACGAAAACCAGCUGCUGGCGCGCAUGCUGCCGGGCUCCAUGCUCAGUCUGGACGACCAGUGCCGGAGGGAUCGGGGCACCACGGCCUGUUUCAAGGACUCCCGGGUGUGCGCGCAGCUGUUCUGCUACGACAGUUCGUCCGGCUACUGCGUGUCGUACCGGCCAGCCGCCGAGGGAUCGCCCUGCGGUGACGGACAGACGUGCAAGAACGGACGGUGCAUCGCCGAGAUCGAGAACAUCAUCCCGGACUACACGCACGUGACGCCGUCCUUCGCCAGUCGCUCGGUGUCCGGCAGGGACAGCGGUGUCCGUCGGAGGGCCGACGUGUCCGAAGAGGUGAUGGCCGGCCUGCCGCCGCCACCACCGCUCCCGCCGCCUCGGGCGCCGGACACGGCUCACCGGAGGCAGCAGGUUCGGCCCCGGACGACAAGAAAGCCCCGGACGGCUUUCUCGGACAAAGGGUGCACGGGUGAUAGCUCGGAACUGAUCGCGGGCCGCAUGACGUGCGCCGAGUUCCUGCAACAGUUCGGCACCCGCUACUGUACCCACGCCUACAUCCAGAGGCACUGCUGCUACUCGCAGAGCGUCUUCUGCUCAUAGAUCCGCGCGUGUGGUCGAGCGACCUCUGAGAGAGGACGUGCACGACACGCCCGGAUUGUCGGUCGCGUAGGACUCAUGGCCUCGCGGCAAAGAACCAACAAGCCCCGGUGCCUUCAGAUGACAGUCCCACCACAGUGGUUCAUCCCCACUGAUCUUCAAGCGUCAUCAGGGGCCCUCAUGGUGUCAUCGCAGUGUCCUCAUUGGCGUUGUCAGUGUCUUUGUGAUGUCUUCGUGAUGUCUUCAUGGUCAUGGUGUCUUCAUGGUGCCGUCAUGGGGUCCUCAUUAGUCAUCCUAAGUUGUCAGAGUUAUCGAGAUGCUCGAGUUCUCCCGAAGAGUUCUUGACGAUCCCAGGGCGUCCCGCGGGAGACUUGAGGAGUCUUCGGGAGACAUCGGGGACACCGGGAAUCCUCAAGGAUUUUGAGAAGUUCUUGGGGAUUCUCCGUAGCUCCCAGGGAGUACUGAGAUCCCGCCCGGAGGCGGGUUCUUCAAGAUCUUCUCAGCAGUUGUUAUCGGGAGUGAUAAAGACGCUCAUAGUGCCCGAGUGAUACCGGCCUUAGAGGUCCUCCAGAGCACGUUGUUUCGUUGAACUUGCAGUCGUCGGGUCAGGUGCACUGUUGUUGCACACUAACCAAGAGUCGGGUGCAGAAGUCCGGCCCUGGCGACUGUCGUGCCUCCGUCCAGCGGCUGGGACAAGGUGUCCGAGCCAGAGGAUGGCCCGGCGCUGACCGUUCGCAUGCAGCCGCACUUCCAGCUUCGCAAAGAAAGUAUUUAAAACCGCCCGCAAAGAGACAAUAAAAGUUUUUUGUUUUUCUGUU